CAUAAGUACCUCCGAUCCGUUCGCCAUCUUUACAUUUCGAGAGGACAAGGAUCAGAAUGCCCAUGCUCAAGAACCCCAUCACCAAAUAUCGGCCGUUCAGGUUGAUCAACUUGCCCGACAGAACAUGGCCAAGCAAGGUCGUUACCAAGGCUCCUCGGUGGUUGGCUACCGACCUCCGCGAUGGUAACCAGUCCCUCCCCGACCCUAUGUCUGUCGACCAGAAGCUCCGUUACAUCCGCCAGUUGGUCAAGUGCGGCUUCACCGAGAUCGAGGCCGGUUUCCCAUCAGCAUCCCAGACCGACUUUGACUUCAUCCGUAAAAUCGUUGACGAGAAGAUCCUCCCCGACAACGUCUGGCUCCAGGUCCUCACUCCCUGCCGUCCGGAAUUGAUCACCAGAACCGUCGACUCCCUCCGCGGCGCCAACAAGGCUAUUGUCCACCUUUACAACGCUACCUCGCCUUUGUUCCGUGAGGUCGUUUUCAACAACUCCAAGGAGAAGACCGUCGCUCUCGCAGAAUCUUGCACCAAGCUCGUCCGUCAGCUCACCAAGGACUCCGACCCCAACACUCACUGGAACUUCGAGUAUUCCCCCGAAACCUUCUCUGCCACCGAGCCAGAAUUUGCCGUAGAGGUCUGCGAGGCCGUGAAGAAGGCAUGGGAGCCAACAGUUGAGGACCCUAUCAUCUUCAACCUCCCCGCUACCGUCGAAGUCGCCGGACCCAACGUCUACGCCGACCAGAUUGAGUACUUUGCGCGCAACAUCACCGAGCGCGAGAAGGUCGCCAUCUCCCUCCACCCCCACAACGACCGCGGAACCGGUGUCGCCGCCGCUGAGCUCGGUCUCAUGGCCGGUGCUGACCGUGUCGAGGGUUGUUUGUUCGGAAACGGUGAGCGUACCGGAAACGUCGACCUCAUCACGCUCGCCCUGAACAUGUACACCCAAGGUAUCUCCCCCAACCUCGACUUCUCCAACCUCCCCGAGGUCAUCCGCGUCUCUGAGGAGUGCAACAAGAUCCCUGUUCACCCCCGUCACCCCUACGCCGGUGAGCUCGUCUUCACCGCUUUCUCCGGUUCCCACCAGGAUGCUAUCAAGAAGGGUCUCGCUAAGCAGAACUCCCGCAAGGACGGUAUCUGGGAGGUUCCUUACCUUCCUCUCGACCCUGUAGAUGUUGGUGGACACUACGAGGCUGUCAUCCGUGUUAACUCUCAGUCCGGAAAGGGUGGUAUCGCGUACGCCGUCCAGGAGAAGCUCGGCCUUGACCUCCCCCGUGGUCUCCAGCAGGCGUUCUCCAAGGUCGUUCAGAACCACACUGACAAGACCGGAAAGGAGAUCACCUUCCAGGAGAUCAUCGACUUGUUCCAGGAGACUUACCACAUCACUCCUCAGUCCACUUCCUUCACUUUGGAGAAGUAUGCUCUCGAGGCUGGAACUGGAUCCGAGAAGGCCCGUACGUUCAUUGGUACUUUGAAGCGUGGAUCUACUACCACUGAGAUCCGUGGUUCCGGAGAUGGAUCUAUCGAUGCUUUGUCUGCUGCUUUGGCCAAGGAGUUGGGUGUUACUGUCGAUGUCAAGCAGUACAAGGAGCACGCUAUCGGAGAGGGUAAGGACACCAGGGCUGCGUCGUAUGUCGAGUGUGAGGUCUUGGAGGGUGACCGUAAGGGUGAGAGAGUCUGGGGUGUUGGUAUCGAUACCGAUAUCGUCGCUGCUGGAUUGAAGGCUGUUUUGGCGUGCGCGUCCGCUGUUGCGAAAUAA